AUGGACACAGACACACUAGCCAGCAGAAGAGAUGACAUCUCACUGCAAGACACAGCAACUACCACUGCAGCUGCAAGAGAAGUAGAAGAAGGUGUGACAAUGAGAGUGAUGCUUCUGUGGCUUAUUAAUGCUGUCUCUGCCUUCAACCUGGCUUUCUUGACAGUCACAGAGGCUGCCACCACACCAUGA